AUGACAUUUCUGUCCAGCCGCCGCCCGGCCACCGCCGCCGGCGCACCCCUCGACGCCACACUGAACGCGAAUCCGAUGGCGCAGAACGCCCUCGCCGGGGCCAGCGCGGGCUACUCCGGCACAGGCAUCGCCGGAGGCAGCAUGAACCCUAUGGACUACGCCGCGGGAGGCGCGAACCCCAUGAACUAUGCAGGCGGUGCGAAUGCUGCGAACCCGUAUGGAGCAGGAGGAAACUAUGGAGGAGGAUACGGACGGCAAUAUGGAGGAGGUGGAUACGGAGGAGGUGGAUACGGAGGAGGUGGAUAUGGAGGAGGUGGAUAUGGAGGAGGAGGUGGAUACGGAGGAGGCGAUUAUGGAGGCGCCGGAUACGGGGGAAGACGAAGAAGAGCGUACUCGACAAGCUAUGCGAGCGCACCCGGGGCUGUCGGUCCUGGAGGAAUGGGAGGAGGUAUGGGCGGAAUGGGUGGAGGGGGCAUGGGCGGAGGCAUGGGCGGAGGCGGAAUGGGUGGGGGAGGCAUGGGCGGAGGCAUGCCCGCCCCCAUCGUUAUCCAGCCUACACAGGGAGCAGGCUUCGGUGGUGCCUACCAGCCCGGCUUCGGCGCCGGGAACGCCGCCAUGGGCGGGGCACAGGCGUACGGAGGCGCACUUGGCGGAACACCUUACGGGGGCGCGAUGAUGGGUACCCCCGCGGUCGGCGCCGGCGGGCUCCCUGGAGCAGGGAUGGCGGGAUACCCCAUGGGCGCUGCUGGCUAUGGCGCAGGCGUCCCUGGCUACGGUGCAGCUGGCUACGGCGCUGGCGGGGGCGCGUACGGCGGAGGCGGCGGGUACCCUGGGUACGCGGGGCAGUACGGCGGCAUGAACCAGACGAACAUCCCACCCGGGAGCACUGUGCUCAUUCGCGAGCGAGCGUCGCCCCGGAGGAGACCAAGACACCGGAGGGCGAGGAGCUACGAUUCGUAUUGA